AUGACAGCUAGGUAUUACAAGGAUGCAGAUGCUAAUGUGAGAGAUAGAUAUUUGGGGCUCCUAAAAGUUGAGAGUGGAGAUGCUGAAGGGUUAUUCAAAGCAAUAAAACAAUUUCUAUCUCAAAUCAAUGUGCCACUUACCCAAAUCAUCGGCUUCGCAGCAGAUAAUGCAUCUGUCAUGCAGGGAGCUAAUUUGAAGAUAAUGAUCAUGGAUGCAUGCAAUUCAUUUCAAAUUGGCCUUGGUAACAUUCACAGUAUAACAACAGAUAAUGGAUCAAAUUUGUUGAAAGCCAUUAAAAUCAUUGCCUCCGAAAAUGGAGAAUAUGAUGUAAUUGAGAAUGAAGUAGAUAAUGAUGAUCAAGAUGAAUUCAGUGACAAUAUUGAAAUAGUUGUAGAGGAUGACUCAGACAUGGAAGGAAAUUCUAGGUCAGGGGCUGGGCUGGAAUUUGGAAGUGAUGCAUUUUUUAAAAUAUUUUAUAAAAAUCUUCAAGAUUUCAAUAAUGAUGGUUCUUCAACUUCUACUUUACCAAAUCUAAGAUUGAAAGUGACAGGUAUGCGUUGUGCUGCACAUACAUUGCAGUUGGCAAUUGAAGAUACCCUGAAGCAGGAUACAAUAGUUGGAAAGUUGUUAUUAGAAGUGAGAAGAGUGGUGAAGACUUUAAGAACCCAAACAUUCAUGUAUAUGUUGAAGAAACAAAAAUUUAAAAAACCUAUCAUAGACUGUCCAACCCCAUGGGGAUCUACAUUUGAUAUGCUUAAGGUACUCUUGGAAUUGAGAGAAUUUUGCAGGGAAAUGGAGGUGACUAGCUUCAAUAAAUUUAAGAAAAUAUGUGAAUCUGACUGGACAAAAAUUGAAGACAUUGUUUGUGGUUUAGAACCAGCAAGAAAACGCACCAAGAAAUUGCAGUAUGAACAACUAACUUUAGGCUCAUUUUAUGGCUACUGGCAAGCAUGCAAAUUAGCAACAGAACAAAUUGGAUCAUCAUUUGCAAGAACUUUAUUAAGAAACAUGACACACAGGGAAUCCAAGUUGUUGGAUAAUGAUGUUGUCCUAGCAGGGAUUUUUCUAGAUCCAAGAUUCAAAGUAGUUCUAAAUAUUGAUGAAAUGGAGAGAGCAAAAAGUAAUUUGAAGCAGCUGUGGGCUAGGUUAUUGUCUUUGAAAAAGAUUGCAUCUGAAGAUACAGAAAAUGAAGAUCCUGAUGCUGAGAUAAUGUCAGUUGCAUCCAACUCUUCCAAUGAUGAAAUGGAGGCUUUCUUAAAAAAGAAAGAAACUGAACAUAAAUUGGAACAGGGAUUUGGAACUCCAUCCAAGAAUUCUUUAAUGACAACAAAGAGAAUUGAUAAUAUUUCAAAUUCUUUCCAAAUUGAACAGGAACGUAUACGUUUAACAAAAAAUUCCACCAUAUUUCAAUUCUGGGAGGCAAAAAAAGAAAUCAUGCCAGAAUUAUAUAUGCUGGCACAAGUACUAUUGGGGGUACCUGCAACACAGGGAAAAACUAAAUUUUGUACGCUGAUAAUAAAAAACAGAGCGGUUCAUGAAAUAAUUGAACUUUUUAACAAACAAGAUGCCACGCCAGAGGAGAUUGCCGAGACCGGAAUACGCUUUCUUGUAGCAUUAUAUGGUGGCAACAUGGAUAAAGAGAGUUUGGAAGAGAUUCGUUUCCAACGCUUCGCCAAAUCUACGCUAAAAACCAAAUUUAAUCUUGCCUCUUUGCCACCUAAUAAAGACGCAUCCAAAUUCUACGCCUUCAGGACGUAUCACCAAGUACAGAAAUGGAGAGGCAUUGAGAAAAAUCCUGAAGACUGGGGUUGGAAGCAUGGCGCUUACGGGCUCACUCCCAUAACAAUGGCGAAAAAAACAGCUCCCGAUUUAUUCUUGAAAUCGGUAUCUUGCAACUGCAAAAAGGGGUGUGGUGGGGCAUUCAGCUGCCGAAAGGCUGGACUUAAAUGUUCGGUUGUAUGUGGCUUCUGCAACGGAGUAUCUUGCGGAAAAUAUGCCGGAAAUCCGCAUUGA